AUGUCCAUCCCUAACGACGAGACCCCUGCCGCCGCCUUUGCCGCGACUUCCUCAUCGCCGACCCCCCGGUCCCCCAAGCGCCCGCCAACUGACCCUGAGGACCUGUCCGGGCCGGCGACCAAGCGGUCCCGCGCCGCCAGCCUCUCGGACGACGAGGCCAAUACCCGCGCCACGACGGCAGCUAUGGCGAACGCCUCGCUGGCCGGGAAGGAGCAGGAGGAGACGCGCGGCACUGUGAUGGACACGGGGGCGGAAGGGAACGGUGCCUCUACAACAACAGCGGCGACAACAGUAGGGGAGGAAAGCACAGCUGCCGCUACCGCAUCACAGCCCUCCAGAGAGACAAAUCACGACGAGGCCCAAGAGACUACGACGACGACGACGACAACAACGCCCAAGAGCAAGAUGUGUGGCGUGUGCACCGAAAAGGAGGGCAAAUACAAGUGCACGCGUUGCGCAUUGCCGUUCUGCUCCGUCCCGUGCAGUAAGAUCCACCGCGAGAACCACCCUCCCGACCCCGAGCCUUCAGCGGCCGCGAAAAUCCCGAGCGCGGGCGACCCCGCUCACGAGCCCCUUCAGUCCGACGCGCCGAAGCCGCCCCGCGACCCCAGAAGCCCCUUCAGCGUCCUCGACAACUCGGAUCAGCUCCGGUACCUGUUUCGGCGGUACCCGGGCCUGCAGGCGCGGCUGCUCGAUAUCCUCGCCGCCACCGAGCCGCCGCCCGAGAUGCAGUCCACGGGGAGCAGCCUCAAUGACAUGAUGAAGGCACGGGCCAUGGCGGCUGCGAACCCCAAGAAGGAGCAGUGGACGCACGACGUUGGCAUCCGCAACGGCAAGGCGGCACUGCGCAAGGCGAGGGACGCCGCCGGUGAGGACGGCGAGGGAGUGCGGGAGUACAUCGAGCUCAUCAACCAUCUCAUGUCGGAGGCGAACGCAACCGCCGAGGCGGAGGAGGUUGUUCGGAAACAGGCUGCUGAGAAGGAUGCCGAGCUUAUUAGGCGCCUCAUGGCGGAGGACCGGGGUUGA